AUGGAGUACCUCGUGCGCUUCAGCCAGUCACACGAGUCCUUUCGACUCGCCGAGAUCCAGGCGCUGGCCACGCUGGAGGGCAUUGAGCUUGAGAUUUCCCCCUUCUGCGUCAUCAAGGUCGCCGACGAUGAUGCUGCCACACGGCUUGUCCGCCGCUCUCUGCUGGCCCAGUCCAUCCACAGCCUCUGGGGUCGGGGCGAUACCUUAGACGAGUUUUAUGCGGACAUCAGUCGACGUGCGGCGCCGCUGUGGCCUCCCUAUGUCAAGUCCAGCUUCAAGCUGGAGUCCGAUGCUUUCCAAGGCAAGCGCAGCAACAAGGAUCGCCUCGCUCUCAUCGACAGCUUCGGCGCCGUCCUGCCGCUCGACGGCGACAUUGAUAUGCGCAAUCCUGAGCUCGUCUUAACUGUAUUCGAGCAUUGGACGUUUGGGUCGGUGCAAAAGAAGCUUCCAGACCCGGAGCACUUCUACAUGGGGCGCUUCGUCGCCAACACCGCACGUGACGCCAGUCUCACAUUUGACCUGAAGAAACGCCGGUAUAUUGCAACCACCAGUAUGGAUGCCGAGCUGUCCUUGCUGACGGCCAAUCUGGCACUGGCCGCGCCUGGAAAGCUGUUUUAUGACCCCUUUGUCGGUACCGGCAGCUUCCCACUUGCGGCGGCGCACUGGGGCGCCACGGCCUGGGGCAGCGACAUCGAUGGGCGGGCCGUUCGUGGAUCGGCAGCGGGCAUCAAUGGCGCUGGUGGUAGUGGUGGAAGCCGCACCGGGAGGGCCGAUGUGCGAGGCAACUUUGAGCAGUACGGGCUGCUGGCUGCCUUUGGAGACGUGUUCACUGCUGACUUGACGCACAUCCCGCUGCGCCGCGGUGCCGAGCACCGGUGGAUCGACGGUAUUAUCUGUGACCCACCAUACGGUGUCCGUGAAGGACCUCGCGUGCUGGGUGUCCGGAAUCCCGAGAAGAAGCCGUGGGCUGUGGAAGCAGGAAAGAAGAUGUAUAAGGACCCAACUUUCAUCCCGCCGAAGCAGCCAUACAGCUUUAUGGCGCUCCUCAAUGAUCUCAUGUGCUUUGCUGCCGACACACUUGUCGACAACGCCCGCCUCAGCUUCUGGAUGCCCACCGCCAACGACGAGGCGCAAGAGCUUCCUGUACCUACGCAUCCCUGCUUGGAACUCAUCUCAGUCACGCCAGCUUCCCACGCAGGAAUGCCGCAUUUCACCACUGCUAACUCUCCAGGGUCUCGCCGCUUGAUAACGUUCCGCAGACUGCCCAACUCAGAGGUCGACGCCGACGCACUUGCACUUGCCACGAGAGCCGCUUCGGAUGCACCCAAACUGAAGGGCCAAACAGCCAACGACCUCAACCCGUUCCGGAAGAGCUACUUUAGCAAGUUUGAAGUGUCUGGCAGUACGGCAUCAAGUUCUGGUGAUAGCACACCAGCAAAGACCGAGCCAAUUGCGGAAACCCCUGACGCUCCUCCUGCGUCAGAAGCACCCACAGCCACCGCGACGGCGGCCAAUGGGUUAAUACCUCGGCCAGAUUCGAGGCCGGGCCCGGCCAUGACGUCGGUGCCGACCCCUGCUCCUGAUUAA